GAACUCCAUUCCCCGCCGGCCCCCGCGGUCAGGCCGUGGCCCCUUCCGGCCCCGGCUACGGGAAGCCGGGCUGCCUCGAGUCCCGAGGCUUUGGGGAGGCUCCCACCUAUCCCCCCCUGAGCUCUGGAGGCCGAGGACCGGCCUGCUCAGGACUGACCACUGCAGUGCUCGGAGCCGGAGGAAAUGGCAGAUCUGGACAGCGAUUCCAGGCAGCUUCUCAUCCCUGAGGCGGACCAUGAAGUCCAUCCUGGGCCCAUGAAUAUCCAGUUUGAGUCGUCCGAUCUAAGAUCCAACAGGCCUUUCCACGUGGAGCCCACCAACAUCGUCGGCGCGAGCCACGUGGCGCAGAGGGUCAGCGACCGCGCCGCAGCCAUGAGCAAGCGGAUCCACUACUACAGCCGGCUGGCGGCCCCCGCAGACCAGGCGCUGGUUGCCCCGGACCACGUGGUGCCGGCGCCUGAGGAGCGCUACGUGUACAGCCCGCUCGGCUCCGCGAGCAAACUCCAGAGCUGCCCCGAGGGCUCGGGGAGGAACAGCAGCCUCGUGACCAUCUUCAUGAUCUGGAACACCAUGAUGGGGACCUCCAUUCUCAGUAUUCCUUGGGGCAUCAAGCAGGCGGGGUUCACGACCGGCGUGUGCAUCAUCCUGCUGAUGGGCCUGCUGACCCUUUACUGCUGCUACCGGGUGGUGAGGUCACGAGCCACGAUACCGUCGGUGGACACGGCGGCCUGGGAGUUCCCGGACGUGUGCAGGCACUACUUCGGCGCCUUCGGCCAGUGGUCCAGCCUCCUGUUCUCCCUGGUGUCGCUCGUCGGGGCCAUGGUCGUGUACUGGGUGCUCAUGUCCAACUUCCUGUUCAACACCGGGAAGUUCAUGUUCAAUUUCAUUCAUCACAUUAAUGACACAGAUGCUGUGCUGAGGACCAACGACAGCAACCCUGUGGUCUGUCCGAGUGCGGGCAGCGGCCGUCCCGACAACGGCUCCGCCGUCCUCUCCGCGGACGCCGCGGGCCUGCCGCAGUUCGAGGCCUGGUGGGACAAGUCGAGGACGGUGCCCUUUUACCUCGUGGGGCUGCUCCUGCCGCUGCUCAGCUUCCGGUCGCCGUCCUUCUUCGCCAGGUUCAACGUGCUGGGCACGGUGUCCGUCGUCUACCUGACCUUCCUCGUCACCUUGAAGGCCGCUCGCUCGGGAUUCCACCUGGAGUUCCACUGGUUCGAGCCCACGGAGUUCUUUGUGCCAGAGAUUAGAGCUCGGUUCCCGCAGCUGACAGGCGUGCUGACCCUGGCUUUCUUUAUCCACAACUGUGUUAUCACACUCCUCAAGAGCAACAAGAACCAGGAGCACAACGUGCGGGACCUGUCCAUCGCCUACCUGCUGGUGACGCUCACCUACCUGUACAUCGGAGUGCUGGUCUUCGCCGCCUUCCCCUCGCCCCCGCUGUCCAAGGACUGCAUCGAGCAGCGUCUUCCACGUGCUGGUCCUGAACCUGGUCAUUGUGGGCGCCGGCGUGAGCAUGGCCUGUCUGUACCCCAACAUCGGCGGCAUCAUCAGGUUCUCGGGAGCGGCCUGCGGCCUGGCCUUCGUGUUCGUCUACCCGUCCCUCAUCCACAUCCUCUCCCUCCGCCACGAGGACCGCCUGACGUGGCCCACGCUGGCCUUCCACGUCCUCCUCAUCGUCCUGGGCCUGGCCAACCUGCUGGCCCAGUUCUUCAUGUGACACUGUCCGCGCCAGGUGUCCGCCCGGAGCGCUGGUCACCACCGCGGCUCUGCACAUCCUGCCGGGAAAACCCGAAACCGGGCGGCAGCCGCGUGGCUCCUGCGGGGAGGCACAGUAAGAGCCAUCUUGGUCCCCGCCCGCCUCCUGUCCCACGCCGCCUUCCUCACUGGGGCCUGCGUGGAAGGUGUGCCCUCAGGAGAGCACGAGGUGGGCGACCACGAAGACUCAGGGCGCCCCGCCCGGACUCCGCCCAGGCUCACUGCACUCCCUUCCUUCUGUCACUCCCUGACCGUUGUUGCAGUUUGCCCAAACCUUGACCGUUGGGGACAGUAAACCAAAUACCUCAUUUUCUAAAGAGAAAUCUCCAUGACACCAGUGUUAAUAGACUGAGUUUUUAACCAGGAAAGAAAGGAAGAAAAAGAAAAGGUCACUGGAGGCUGUGGCCAUGAACUUUAUACAGAAUAAAUGCACUCAUGG